AUGACGAGAACGCACUCGACUGUGCCUGUCCUUUUCGCUUCCCCCGAAUUUGCCUCGUGGACAGAUCCAUCUAGCUCGCUCCUUGCAGAAUGGGUGAAUCCGUUGCUUAAGAGUAUCCAUCACCGUGAAUUGCCGAGUGUCGUCUACACUGUCGUGGCUGUGGUAGACAAGAUAUCGACUUUGCAAAGCAACCGUCCUAGAGUGCCAUUGGGUGCCGCGGGACUAUCGCUUCUGCUAGUCGAUAGCUCUGCGAUAGCUGUUUCAGCGUCACAACCAGCCCAUGUCAGAAGUAGCAGUCCUGCCGAACCUGCUUUCUUUUUUUCGACGCCGCGUACUUCCGAUUCCGCCGAGAACGAAGAUGACAACCAAUAUGCCCGCGAAGUGGGACUACGGCUCACCAAUACAAUAUUUGUGAACGGAAAAGAUAGAACGUUACUAGGGCUUCGAUGGAUCUAUGAUGCAGCAUCUAAGGGCUAUGUCCUAGAUAAUUGGAAGGAUCUAUCAAUCUGCGACAUCAGAUAUCCCGCUAGUGAAGCGCGCAGCUCUAUCACCGUUCCCCUCCGUCCAGUUACCCAGCGUCGAAGCGUUGUGUCUAGUAUGGGUAACAUUUUGCGGCAGCUAUCUAGCAAGUCGUCCCCAAUUCCCGCCUCCUCAGAGCUAGAGAAGGAGCUUCCCAGAUAUGUCAGCGAGCUUGGCAUACCACAUCAGAGAGUAGCAGUCUGGGCUCUUGUCGAACCGUUGAAUGCACUUCUCUCGGAGAAAUAUGGUAGAAAUGACUUGAACCAGUCAAUUCUGAAUGGAAACAGAAUCCAUCGUGUCGUGAGCGGCGGUGGGGGAUGGGGCAAGAAGCAAGGCCUGCUAUCUCUAGACCCAGAAGUUAGUUUUUGGGAUCAGUUUACAUCUUCACAGCAGAAUCCAGUUUCAUUGGACCAGACAUUCGUCACACAGUCUCCUCAUAGCGUCGAGCCCGACGACAAUCUUGAUAUAUCAGAACUACUCGGCCAGGGACUGGAAGAAGAUAUUGCCUCACUGUCUCACGUCGCUCCUGUCGGAGAUAACAUUCAAUUUUUCGUUGCUACUGAGCCAGAAGUGGUUGAAAAUAACACGGAACUGCCAGAAGACAGGAAUAACAGUCCUCUUUCGUGUUCAUUCGCCGUGGGUGCAUCCGUCGGAACAGAGCUGACGAUUCCAUCAUCCUCAUCUCAAGACACGUCCUCCGAUGACAUGGUUGUUAUACCCAACCACUUCGGGGGUCUUUCUGAGACGGCAAUCAGCUAUUCAACGAAAUCAUCGGGCUUGUCCCCGAACGGUAGAGUAUGUCGAACAAAACUGUCCGUUCCUGGAUCUCGGGUUGAAAUCUUCUGCUACGAAUGA